AUGAUACCAUCACCAUUUGUAGCAAUUUUGGAAUCUUACUUAUCUGAUAGGUUAUUAAGAAUUAAGCAAGACGCUGAAUACCCCACGCUAAGAGAAAUAAGAGCAAAUGUGCCUCAAGACAGUAUAUUGAGCCCAAUGUUAUUAUGUCGAAAUACCACACGUGGAUCUCAUUUUGCAAUUGUUAUACAUGGAUGGCGAGAAUCUUGUAAAGAGAAAUGGGUUCAAACAUUAAUUGAAAAACUCACAACUCAUAGAGGUGGAUGUAUAAUGUGUAUGGAUUAUGGUUUCAUAGCAAGAAUUCCACAUUACUUUAUGUUAGCUAAACAUGUUCACAAAAUUGCUUGGAUGCUAACUCAUCAACUAAAUCAAUUGGAGCAUAAAGGUUUCAUACCAGAACAAGGCUUUAUAUUUGGGUUUAGCUUAGGUGGAAGAAUUGCUAUUGAAGCUGGACGCUUAUUUGGAAGUGGUAGAAUUGGAGAGAUUGACACUUGUGAUAUGGCCGGCCCUGGUUUCGAUUUGCAUGGUCCACCCGACUCUAAAGAAGCAGCGCUUAAUGUACAAUGUAUACACACGAGCUCCGACAAGGGAACAAAGACAAGAGAUUGUCAUCAGAAUUGGAAUAUGGGAAAUUGCGGAAGAACACAAGUGGCAGCCGGGAAUCCUCCUCUCGGUUCACAUGGGUUAUGUCCAACAUUCUAUAACGCAGCAUUCGAUCAUCCAUUUUAUGCCGAAGAGUUUCCAAAGCAAUGCAACAUUACUGGUAAAAAAGUUAAAAGAUUUUGGCCAAAGUGGUUUCGUAUGGGUUAUAUGGAGUCAAGAAAAUUACAAGUUCAUGGUACAUUUUAUUCAUCAACCACAGAAAAUUAUCCUUAUACAACAAAUGCUGCAAAAAAAUAUCAAGGGCCUUUGACCAGAGCAGAUAGAAUCGAGGUUGAUUCUCAUACAAAUGUAUAUUUAAUUGAGAAAUAUUUGCACAUAGUUCUUACAAGAAAUGCAGCGGUAAUAUUUUCCGGUCUUGACAUUACAAAAAAUCUAUUUCCUAUCAGCCGUGGUUCUAAUUGA